CAUUCUGCAGCCCUACCGUUGCUGGCUUCUCACGGAGACGAUCCAGGGUUCGCUGCAAUCUCAAUCCCCACUACCACCAACGUCCUGCCAGACAGGUGGUGUUGGAUCCAUUGGGCACCCUGCUUGUCUUGCCGCUGAAAGAGAACAGAGACGUAUUUUGUGGUUUCUUACGAAAUUACAUCAUGGCCGCGCAACUACGGAAGAAGCUGGUGUAUUCGGUUGACACCCCCUUCUCAGCAACACAAUGGCCAGAGAUUGUUCCUGAAGAUCAAGACGUAAUUUUAGAAUUACUCUGCAGUCUUUUGUCUCCUUUGGGCCAACAUCGCCAGAGGCAUGUCAAGCCCUCAGAAGGCAAGCGAGCGGCCAAGAGGAAGAGAAAAGAAGGUAGGAUGGCUUCGAAGGAACCAGCCAAGAGCGAACGCCCGCCCGUGCCUGAGCUCGCCUCCUUCGUUGACGUCGGUCUCACGAGUAUCACUCGUAACCUAGAAAGGCUUGCAACAGGACAGCAAACCUCGGAAGCCUCCGGCGAUAACAACACCAUGGCAAGCUUACCUACUCCCUAUUCCGUUGUGUUUGUCGCUCGCUCAGGGCAGUCAUCCGCUUUCAACUGCCAACUGCCUCAAAUGGUCGCCGUUGCCUCCAAGAGCUCGCCAACUGCUCCUCCGACGCGGCUUGUGGGGUACUCGAAGCCAUGCGCCGAGAAGCUCAGCGCUUGCCUCGGCAUUCCGAGGGUUUCGUCGGUCGGCGUCCGGGUUGGUGCCCCUAUGUCCAGGGCUCUCGUCGAGUACGUUCAACAGCACGUCUCGCCCGUACGAGUGGCGUGGCUUGAACAGGCCGAGGAAGCCAUGUAUCGCCCUACGCAGUUGAAGAUAUAUGAGAAGAUGGUGCCAGUAAAGAAAGGCGGCAAGGCUUGAUUUCCACCGUCAUGGUCACUAGUCGUCGGGAUUAGAGAGGUAACAUCUAUUGGGCAGGCUUCAAUAGUAUACCCCUAUCAGACUGUAGCUUCCUGAGAAGCAUCACGUUGAGAGGCUAAUUUCCUUGCCCCCAGAUGGGUUCAUUAAAGCG